GCCGCCUGUUCACGCGCCUCAGGAAGUCUUUCCUGGAGGAAACUCUGGAGUCGUUAACGACAAAACGCGGAAAAAUGAGUAAAUAUUUCACUGAAAUAGCCAUAUUCACACGUCCACAGGCUUAGUGCUAGAACUGUUUCUCCACCAUGUCUUGCCGUGACAUCCAUGCCACGAACGCGUUUUCCUUCAUCAUCGCCCUGCUCUCGGUGGGUGGAUUAGCCGUCGCUACAGUCAUCCCUCAAUGGAGGACAACACGUCUUAUCACCUUUAACCUCAACGCCAAGAAUGUUACAGUGUACGACGGACUGUGGACCAAAUGUGUCCGGCGAGAUGGAUCCAGCGGGUGUUAUUACUUUGACGCAGAGUGGUACUCCAGAGUAGACCAGCUGGAUCUCAGGCUGCUGCAGUUCUGCUUGCCAACAGGUAUGUUCUUCUCUGGCCUGGCUCUGCUGCUCAUUCUCACAGGCAUGUGCAAGACGGCAUGUUGCUCAACAACCCCAGACGACAUAAAGUCUAGCCGCUGCAUUGUGAACAGCUCAGGGUGCCACCUGGUGGCUGGGAUGUUCCUCUUGAUAGGAGGUGCCAUCGCUAUGCCUCCAUCCAUCUGGUUCCUGUUCCACACACGUGAGUUGAACUCGCGCUACGCUGACAUUUUCGCCACAGAGUUUGCAGCGUAUGUGGCUAUUGGCAGUGCCGGCGGCCUUGAGUUCGCCGCUCUGCUGAUGUUCAUGUGGUACUGCAUGUGCAAAAAACUGCCCUCCCCCUUCUGGCUGCCCCUGCAUGAGCUACCCGCCAUGAGCAGCAGCGUUUCUGCUCAGCCACUAAUGACCAACGGCCUGCCGUCUCCUGUGAACUACGCUCCUCAGAACUUCCCCCCUGCUGUUCUAGAUGCUCCGGCUUUCGUGCAAGCCCCGGGAUACCCACAGCCCAUGCCAGGCCCACCUGUACCGCCUCAGGUAUACAUGGCCCAGAUGUCAGUGGCUGAUGGCUACAGGUCCGAAGCAGGAGCCUCGCAGGCUUAUGGUUACGCCCCCUCGCAGAGUUACGCCCCCUCGCAGAGUUACGCCCCCUCACAGAGUUACGCUCCCUCUGUAAGCAUUGCCCCUUCUCAGAGGUAUGCUGGACAUCGCUACUCCACACGAUCACGUCACUCAGCAAUUGAGAUCGACAUCCCCCUGCUGACAGAGUGACAGCGAUAGAAAUCCACUUUCAGUAGCUAUACACUAAAAAACCGUCCUUCAGUACAUGACUCAUGAUCACUAAUCGGCAAUGGACGUCCCACUGACCCAGGCCAUGCAACUCUGCAUACACAAAAUGUCUUAUUUGAAUCACACUUAUCAUCAGACCAAGCAAUGUUAAUGAAAAUAAUCAUGUGAUUAAAAAAUACACUUCCAGUAAUCUCUGUGAGAUAAAUUAGGACCAAUUUGCCACCUUUUAAGACGACAGAAAAUCUGGUAAUAGAUAAUAAUGAUCAAAAAAAAUCAUAAAAUCAUUAGCUAGCCACCUGGACAAAUAAAAUUGCCCAGUCCCAUCUUUUGGUUGCCUGGAAACCUAAUUGGUGCAAUAAUACAGACCAAGGAUAAUUAAUGUGUUCAUGGGGUUUUAUAUGAGGCUUUUUUCUUUCUUUCUUUCUUUAUUGUUGUUAAACCUACUUAUCCACCAGUCCACUACAAAUAAGAAAAACCCAAAUAGCCUACACAUGAAAUCUGCUUAUCCCAGAAGCUAUGGGUACUAAUUUGUCCACCCCUGAAACAGAUAAUUAAAGGGACAAUUAUAUUUUACAGUUCUUCGUUUACAAGAUUGUCAAUUUCUCAAGUUCACAAACUCACAGUAUCCAUCAAUAAUAAUUCAAAUUGAAGAAGUAAUCUACUGUGGUCUAAUAUCUGUAAGUUGUUCAAAAUAGAAUAAUGUUUAAGAAUGAAUUUUCCUAUACAUCAUGUACAGAGGCGAAUACUGAUAAUCUCCCGGAAUAUUAGUAUUCACUUCAUGUUAAUUUAGAUAAUAAUAGUUUCAGUUGUUUUCAUCCACCUUUCUGGAAUUGAACCAAGAACAGGUUUUAUGUUGAAAAUGUUCACUUUUUUUUUUUGAUUUUUCUACUGUCUAGUAGACAUUUGAAACGGACAUUUUCACCUGAACAGAACAUAAGGGUUAAUGUGAGGAUGUCUGCUACAAUUUUGCCUGUGACCCAAAUGAGGUGGAUGCUGUCAGUCUGGUCAGCUGUGCUGAGAGACGACGCUUCCUGCAUCUUUGGAUGAGACUUUUCCCCCCUCAUGGUUUACAAAAAAAAAACACACUGAUUGCACGUGCACUGUAAAUGGUCAACGUCACUAAACAAAAAGCGCUGACACUGUAGCUGAAACAAAACAGUCAGCUGCUUCACUACACUGUAUUUUGCACUUAAUUCACACUCACUUUUAAACGAACACUGAUAUUAACACACAAUGCUUUAUAGACACUACAAACACUGCUCAUGGUGUUGAUCUGCCUUUGUUAAAUGGUAAUGCCAUUACAUCAGGGUUCUUCAGGACUUCUCAAGCCUUUUUUAAAUUAUUUUAUAGGGAACUAAAAACUGAUAAAGGGCAGCUGUUCUAUUCCUGUUACAUUGUGUUGUGCAGUGAGGGACAGAGGAUCAUUUCCCCUGUUUGUCUUUUUAAGCUUAACGAAGCAUCACAUUCAUUUCUUUAUGUUUUAUACUAAUACUGAAGGAUUAAAACGUUAUUCAGAUAUGAAGUGCUCUUUUUAAGUGUGCCACCUUUUUAUACAUUUGUGAUUUUAAUUAUUUUUCUUUCUUUCUUUCUUUUUAACAUCUUAUUUUUGUUUUGUAUUUUUACAUUUCUGAAUUUUAAAGAAUAUCCAGGGCUGAGGGAUCAGCUUAGUGAAUGCUAUGUUGUUAUGAUGACUAACAUCUUCAUGUUAAGAUGCAUUCUGAUGUUUAAUAAGAAAAAAAAUUGUAGGUGCAAUUUUAAUGUUUUGUUUUUAGAACUAAUCUUUUUUUAUUUUUUAUAAAAUGCCCAUUCCUCCGAGCAUAGAUUACUAAUGUCUAAACUUAAUAAAAAAAAACAAAACCAAAAAACACUGUUUAAAAGAAUCAACUGAAUGAUUUCUGAAUGUGUAUAUUUUUACAAAAUCACAUUU